UUACCUCAGACGAGAUGAUGUUAAAAUGGACCGAGAAAACUGUAAAAGCUGAGGGCGUGGAUUUACCAAACUAUCAAAUUUCCGUUGCGAAUUUCACAGACGGCGUCUUGUCUGAAGAACAGAACUCAUUGGCAGGGGGUAUAUUCUCCUUCCUGAACGUGACUCUACAACUUUCCAGAAUGCCUAAAGCAUAUGGAUCCAUGUAUUUUGCUCCAUACCCAUUGUUUUUCACAGUUGCCGUAACUUCUUUUGGAUUCAAAGACCAAAUAGGUUCGCGGAUCAUUGUGUGCACUUCUGGAAUAUCGACAUCUGUGCUGCAAUGGAUAGCCAUCUAUUCAAGACUACCUCCUGUUUGGUACCUUACGUAUCUAGACGGCUGGAUUAUCGCCCAUAUUGUUAUCAUUGGAAUUCUUCUAGUAUAUCAUUCAGUUUGGUAUAUGUUUUUACAUCAGUCUCGCAAGGAACAAGAUCAGUUUGAAGACUUACUUAAGGAAAUGCAUGCUAUAACCAUUGACGUACGAGAUUACAAAACUUGGCCUGAGUUCCUUGAACAACUGUCGGAUGAGGCAGCAGCGAAGCUAAUAACAGCUUUUCCGGAAAAAGUUGACAAGAACAAGUAUUUCAAAAGAUAUCAAAAAAGUCGUGAAAGAAAACACAUCAGAAAUACCAACAAUGAAGUCAGUCAGUUUGCAGAUGUGGUAAAGGAAGUGCAAAGAAGAACACCUGACAUGUCGUGUUGCAAAACACUCAGCACACUACUGGAAUCUGAACAAUUGUCAGGCAAAGCAAGAAGGAAGUUAAUAAACGAUCCACGAUAUAUGCUGAUAUGUAAUCGUGAUAGGGAGAAGUAUUAUGAAGGAUACAUAAAACGUAUGGACAGCAACAAGUUCGUUAAAGCAAUUCAGAAAAACCUCGUCGACUUCUGGACCUUUGUGGCAGUUAUGGUUCUUUACAGCUUGAUAGUUAUUCUGUUCUCUUUAUGGGCGGAAUUCCAAUGGCGAUGGACUCUUAUGCUUUUAAUUGAUGCAGUCAUCGUUGCGCUUUUACUGCUUGUUUUCAAAUGGUCGUGGUGCAGGCAGCGUAUGAGAAGUUUCUGUAUAAAAUAUAUUAAACGGAUUAGAGCCCGCAGCCCUUACGGGUCCAGGAUACCAUUGAAUGAAGAUCGAAAACCAAAUUAUAAAGGUAUAGAUUCGACAGGUUCAGAGGGAAAAGACAAAGGGGAGUGUGGUGGGUCUAUGGUAGGACAAACGAGCAACUUGUAAAAAUCAAAUCUUCAUUCACAUCGGUGAUUUGUGAGCAAAGAAUGUGAAAAAUGUGCAAAACAUCCAAUUAUAAUAAAAAAUCAAACAAGUCAUGGUAUAAGACUAUACCUGCUGCUAGUAGAUAAUCUUCGACCAAAUAAAAAUAGAAGAAACAUUGAAUUAUCUGUAGCUGAAACAAACAGUACAAACCUAACGUUGAACUAGAUACACGUGGUCUUAACCUUGUAUAGUGGCGUGUGUUUGUCUGUACAUUUUAAUCACUAUCAUAAUCGGUGUGUGCUAUUUGUGCUGUGUAAUGAAAUAUUUACUUUUUU